AUGGACUCUUACAACUUAUCUGCUCAUCUAGUGGUAGCCAAACCCAAAGAGUUCGCAGCCUCUUCACACAAGCCCUCAGCAGCUCGCUUCAGUUACAAAAAGUAUGUUUCUUGUCCAAAGCGUCCGUUCGGACAGCCAACGCCGGUCAUUGCCCCCGCAAAUAACAAGUCAGUCUAUUCUGAGCACAUGCCACAGGGAAUUCCAAACUACCUUACGGAGGCUCAGCUUACUGCUGUUCAAAGCCAUCUACGUAUUACUGAGGCUUUUUUACGAAUGAGACACAGAGCAAUUUUGCAGGAAGAUGCCCCUUAUGGAGCAUUCCUAGCUAAUCCGGCACACCCUAACAUAGCAGCUGGCUUUACUUCAAUUCUUACCUCUUCAGUCGACGGCCUUUCCGGAUACUUGUCUUCUUCAACCGCUCUCUCCCCGGAUCGCCUCCGUCUUUUAUCUUUACACUACCUAUCUUUGCAACAGUAUGUCGCUACAGAGAGCUCUUUUCAACGUGGAAACCCAUUCUUCAUUCCAUCAUUAAACUUAAGGUCUACCCAGUUGCCGCCCAUCUGCAUCUAUUUUCCGCAAUCUGUAGGGGGGACAAAUACAGUUAACUACAGUGGGCUUUUACUUGGACCGCAGGCUAGCACCCAGAGAGAACUUCAGACACUGACAGGAACAGAACUGCAGCUGCGUGGUGGCGGGGCUUUACUCGGACGUAAGGGUACUGUUGUCAUUACAAAGAGAGCCGACGGUGGGGUGAGCUUAGGGGACGACGAUAUCCCGCACAUCCGCAUCGGCGGACCCUCUCUGCUGGGCCGUGUACUAGCCAUGCGUAUCAUUCUAGAGAUCAUUAAGAACCCGGGGAUUACUGACAAUAGCCUUAAGCAGCGCCAGCUCGUACAUCAUGCCUCACUUUCUGGAAUGGACAUCCCUGUCCCUCAAUUGGGCGAGACUGUGCAAAGCAUAUUGCAGAAUGCCCCGUGGAUUGCCUUGUACAGUAGCUAUAAAACAGAGAGCUUGAACGGACAAAGGGUCCUGGAGCAGCUCUGCUCCUCCAGCCUUGGCCAGAAGGCCUUGCGCUACCGAGGCCUGUGUGAGGCAGAAGCUCAGCGUCUUUGUGGCCUUAGUGGUGAGGGAGUAGCAGCAGAGGAGAACUGUCUGCUGACAGAGUCCAGUGAUGAGCUGCUACCGCCAGGGGCAUAA